UGCAUAACAAAAGCAAAUAGACGACUUAUCGCCACGCCGCCGGUUGUUUGCUUUUGAUGGCAAACGAGUACACGAAAAGUGUGCUAACAUAUUCGUUUUAGAACACCACGUCCGGUAUCAGAUUGUCACAGUAGUAGGAUUACAAAGGCAGAUAUGACAUCGUAUAUAACAGACAAAGCUUACGUUAACGGAAAAUGGCUAUCGACAGGCAAAACAUUUGAAGUUUAUAAUCCUUUUACUGGCGAAGUGAUUGGUUCAUCGGCAGAUUGCGAUGGGAAAGUUGCGCUCGAAGCCAUUCAAGCCGCAACGGAGGCUUUUAAAACGUGGAAAGAACUGACAGCAAAAGAUCGAGCAGGAAUUCUAAAAAAGUGGGCUGCGCUUAUCGUAGAAGAGAAACGAGCACUUGGUGAACUACUUACUCUUGAAAAUGGAAAGCCCUUAGCUCAGUCAAUAGGGGAGGUUAUGUUUGCCGCUAACUUUGUUGAAUGGUAUGCAGAGGAAGGCAAAAGAACCUAUGGUAUCACAAUUCCCUCUCCCCAUCCCUCGAAGCGAAUGAUGACUAUUAAACAACCGAUUGGGGUUGCAGCUAUGAUCACGCCUUGGAAUUUCCCAUCUGCGAUGAUAACUCGAAAAGCUUGUGCGGCUCUGGUUGCAGGAUGCACCGUGGUUCUCAAGCCUUCUGAAGAAACUCCAUAUUCAGCAUUGGCUUUGGCAAAUUUAGGCGAGAAAGCAGGAAUUCCGCCAGGUGUAUUCAAUGUCGUCACCACAUCUCGCGAAAAUGUUGCUGAAGUUGGCAAGAUUAUGUGCACUCACCCCUCUGUGGCUGCAGUCUCAUUUACAGGAUCGACAGCAACAGGCAAAAUACUUCUGCAACAUGCGGCUUCGACCGUCAAGAAAAUGUCGUUAGAACUUGGCGGGCUUGCACCAUUAAUUGUAUUCAACUCAGCUGAUAUUAGCAAUGCCGUAAAAGGCGCCAUGGCAUCCAAGUUCCGUUAUUCAGGUCAAACUUGCGUCUGUGCCAACAGAAUAUUAGUACAAUCUGGUAUACACGACGAAUUUGUUGCAGCGAUACUGAAGGCAAUGGAAAAGGAAUUGGUUAUGGGCCAUGGAAUGCAACCAGAAGCAACGAUUGGCCCGCUGAUAAAUGAGGCAGCUGUUCAAAAAGUGGAAAACCAAGUAACAGAUGCUGUAAAAUUAGGAGGAAAAGUAGUGGUCGGUGGAUCUCGCAGUAAAAUAGGUAAAAACAUGUUCGAGCCAACACUUAUCACUGGCGUAACAACAUCGAUGAAAUGUUGUUUUGAAGAAACAUUUGGACCAAUUGCGCCAAUAAUAAAAUUUGAAACUGAGGAAGAAGCCAUCGCGAUAGCAAAUGACACUACAUCCGGCUUAUCUGGUUAUGUAUUCUCCGGUGACGUGAGUCAAUGCUGGAGAGUAUCAGAAAAAAUUGAAGCGGGAAUUGUUUCCAUCAACGAGGGUCUUUUCAGCGCUCCCGAGACGCCAUUUGGCGGAUACAAGCAGUCCGGACUCGGUCGAGAGGGAUCGAUUUAUGGAAUGGAUGAAUUUAUGGAAGUGAAAUACAUUUGUUGGGGCAUAUAAAAACAAAUAAAUGUCGACUCCAUUACGGAAAUAGCUGCAGUUGAUUAUUGCUUCAGUUUUUAUGAAGGGCUUAAUUCUGCAGGAAUGGUUUCAGUUUUUAGCUGAUUUUAAUUCAAUAACAGUAAUUUUAUGGGUUUGCGUUUUAUUUUCGACGUAAUACACGUCAUACUAUUUGAUAUGGGUGGUUUA